AUGCUCUGGUUUGCACUACUUGUGUGGGGACGGGGAAAUGAGAAGUCUAAGUCGCGCUUCGGGAAUGUUGACGAAGAAUAUCACAUGGUUCCGGUCCUACUGUCGAAGCCUUACGACCCUGGUACUCCGAAAAUUCAUCCGGUAGAUCACUUCGACGGCUUUCGCUCCCCUUUUGAUGUAGACAACGACCGAGUCUUGCACGAAUCGCCCCUUCACUGGCGACCUGUGGUUACCGUCUCUGCUUCUCUCUCGAAUGCACAAACAUCAUAUUGCCCCUCAAGACCCGCAACAGAAGCCGAGCAACAGCAGAUAUUCGAGGAAUUCUACCAGGCACUCUGGGUUAAAAAGGACGUGCCCGGUGCCUUCAAUAAACAUGUUGAUGUAAACUAUAUCAACCAUAACCCUUACGCAACAAGCGGUCGCCAAAAUGCGAUCAACGCGCUAUCGUCCAUCUGGAGCGGUUUCAAAUUCACCCUCGCCAACAAGGGAUUUAGCAACGGUGUGGGUUGGCUCCAUCAAAAGAUGGAGUCAUCAGGACAACCCUUCCAGGCGGUAGUCGAUAUCCUUCGUAUGAACGGAACUUGCAUUAUGGAACAUUGGGACGUCGCUCAGUCGAAGCCAAGUGGUUCGCAGAAUCCCAUUGCCCUUUUUUGA